UAAAAGAAGCACGCAUUGUUUUAAGCAGCCUGGACCAACCUUUCCGAGCCGUUUUUAGAGAAGUUUCUCAACUGUAUGACAUUAAAGAGUUUGGUGGCUGGUCUGGUUUAGUAGUCCAGAGGGAAGAGACAGCCCUAUUGGGCUGAGGGCUCAGGGAUAGAGUUAGCUGAGUUGGGGAGGGUGAUCUGUUUUAUGUUUUAGACCUCUCUGCAUCCAGGGGUUAUGGAAGGCGAAGUGGAAGUAGUUUGCAAACAGGAGGAUGGUUUUGGGGAAUGGUAUUCAUUCACUCAAAUGUCUUAGUCUGGAAGCUCUGCUGAAACCUGUCCACCAUGGGUGAGCCUGCUGGUAUGUGAAAUACCAGUGACAUAGCUUCCAGCAUCACAGCAACACACAAGUAACCACAGCACGACAGACUGACAGGUGGUGGGCUUAUCCUGUACAUUCCCUUUGUUUCAUAUGCAUUAAUUUAGCAAGUAACCACUGGGAACCAUAUAUAUGUGAUGUGCUGGGAUGGAGAAGACAUGAUUUCUGUCCUCCUCAGAGCCCCUGUGUGGUGGGGCAGCCAGGCAAGUGGAAGUGGGGGAAGUUAUAGUAAGGUACAUUCAAUGCAGGAUCCUGGGGGCGGGGUGCCCAGGAGGGGCCCUAACCCAAGCGUGAGGGAACAAACCAGAAAAAACCCCAUUGCCAUCAAGUCAAUUCAGGCUCAUAGUGACCCUAUAGGAGAGAGUAAAAUUGCCCCGUAGAGUUUCCAAGAAGCACCUGGUGGAUUUGAACUGCCAGCCUUUUGGUUAGCAGCCCUAGCUCUUAACCACUGUGCCACCAGGGUUUCCAUGAGGGAACAGGGAAGAUGUAACUCAUGCUGGGUCCCGAAGGAUGGAGUGGAACUAGGAAAGAAGAGCAGUGGUCAGGGUGGGGGGUACAAUUAUCAGCCAUCUCUGGUGGGUGGGACAGAGCGAUCCGGACGGUGGAAGGAGAAAGCUUUGAGUGAAGCCCCUUUUGCUUUGUAGCACGAACAUUUGACCUUGUCUGCCCACAGGUCUCCGCAGCAGAGCAGAUGCCGUUCCAGGCAGCCAGGUUCAGCAUGAGGAGCAGACGGAAGGGCACGCAGGACAGCACGCUGGACAGCACUCGGACCCUGUACUCCAGCGUGUCGCGAAGCACAGACGUCUCCUGCAGUGAAAGUGACUUGGUGAACUUUAUUCAAGCAAAUUUUAAGAAACGGGAAUGUGUCUUCUUUACCAAAGACUCCAAGGCCACGGAAAACCUGUGCAAGUGUGGCUACACUCAGAACCAGCACAUAGAAGGCACCCAGAUCAACCAGAACGAGAAAUGGAAUUACAAGAAACACACCAAGGAACUUCCCACGGAUGCCUUUGGGGAUAUUCAGUUUGAGACGCUGGGGAAGAAAGGAAAGUAUAUCCGUUUAUCCUGUGACACGGACGCGGAGACCCUCUACGAGCUGCUGACCCAGCAUUGGCAACUGAAAACGCCCAACCUUGUCAUUUCCGUGACCGGCGGCGCCAAAAACUUCGCCCUGAAGCCACGCAUGCGCAAGAUCUUCAGCCGGCUGAUCUACAUCGCACAGUCGAAAGGAGCUUGGAUUCUCACAGGAGGCACUCACUAUGGCCUGAUGAAGUACAUUGGGGAGGUGGUGAGAGACAACACCAUCAGCAGGAACUCUGAGGAGAACAUUGUGGCCAUUGGCAUAGCAGCCUGGGGCAUGGUCUCCAACCGGGACACCCUCAUCAGGAACUGCGAUGCUGAGGGGUAUUUUUUAGCCCAAUACAUUAUGGAUGACUUCAAGAGGGAUCCUCUGUAUAUCCUGGACAACAAUCACACCCAUCUGCUGCUCGUGGACAACGGCUGCCAUGGACACCCCACUGUUGAAGCAAAGCUUCGGAAUCAGCUGGAGAAGUACAUCUCUGAGCGCACGAUUCAUGAUUCCCAUUAUGGUGGUAAGAUCCCCAUUGUGUGUUUUGCCCAAGGAGGUGGAAAAGAGACAUUGAAAGCCAUCAACGCCUCCAUCAAAAGUAAAAUUCCUUGUGUGGUGGUGGAGGGCUCGGGCCAGAUUGCGGACGUCAUCGCGAGCCUGGUGGAGAUGGAGGACAUCUUGACACCUUCCAUCAUCAAGGAGAAGUUGGUGCGCUUUCUGCCCUGUACGGUGUCCCGGCUUCCGGAGGAGGAAACAGAGAGUUGGAUCAAAUCGCUCAAAGAAAUCCUUGAAAGUGCUCACCUAUUAACGGUUAUUAAAAUGGAAGAAGCUGGGGACGAGAUUGUAAGCAACGCCAUUUCCUACGCUCUGUACAAAGCCUUCAGCACCAAUGAACAGGAUAAGGAUAACUGGAACGGGCAGCUGAAGCUUCUGCUGGAGUGGAACCAGCUGGACCUGGCCAGUGAUGAGAUCUUCACCAAUGACCGCAGGUGGGAGUCUGCUGACCUUGAAGAAGUCAUGUUUAUGGCCCUCAUAAAGGACAGACCCAAGUUUGUCCGCCUCUUUUUGGAGAAUGGCUUGAACUUGAGGAAGUUUCUCACCAACGAAGUCCUCACAGAGCUCUUCUCCCACCACUUCAGCACUCCUGUGUACCGGAACCUGCAGAUUGCAAAGAAUUCCUAUAAUGACGCCCUCCUAACAUUUGUUUGGAAGCUGGUCGCAAACUUCCGGAGAGGCUUCCGGAAGGAAGACAGAAAUAGCAGGGAUGAGAUGGACAUAGAACUCCACGAUGUGUCUCCUAUUACCCGGCACCCCCUGCAAGCGCUCUUCAUCUGGGCCAUUCUUCAGAACAAGAAGGAGCUCUCCAAGGUCAUUUGGGAACAGACCAGAGGCUGUACUCUGGCAGCCCUGGGGGCCAGCAAGAUUCUGAAGACCCUGGCCAAGGUGAAGAACGACAUCAAUGCUGCCGGGGAGUCGGAGGAGCUGGCGAAUGAAUAUGAGACCCGGGCAGUCGAGUUGUUUACGGAGUGUUACAGCAGCGAUGAAGACUUGGCUGAGCAGCUGCUGGUUUAUUCCUGUGAAGCUUGGGGUGGAAGCAACUGCUUGGAGCUGGCAGUGGAGGCAACAGACCAGCAUUUCAUCGCCCAGCCUGGGGUGCAGAAUUUCCUUUCCAAGCAAUGGUACGGAGAGAUUUCCCGAGACACCAAGAACUGGAAGAUUAUCCUGUGUCUGUUUAUUAUACCUUUGGUCGGCUGUGGCUUUGUUUCAUUUAGGAAGAAGCCCGUUGACAAGCACAAGAAGCUCCUUUGGUACUACGUGGCAUUCUUCACCUCUCCCUUUGUGGUCUUCUCCUGGAAUGUGGUCUUCUAUAUCGCCUUCCUCCUGCUGUUUGCCUACGUGCUGCUCAUGGAUUUUCAUUCGGUGCCGCAUUCUCCCGAGCUGGUCCUCUACUCCCUGGUCUUUGUCCUGUUCUGUGAUGAAAUCCGGCAGUGGUACAUGAACGGGGUGAACUACUUUACUGACCUGUGGAACGUGAUGGACACACUCGGGCUUUUUUAUUUCAUAGCAGGGAUUGCAUUUCGGCUCCACCCAACUAAUAAAAGCUCUUUGUAUUCUGGACGAGUCAUUUUUUGCCUGGAUUACAUUAUAUUCACCCUAAGAUUGAUCCAUAUCUUCACUGUAAGCAGAAACUUAGGACCCAAGAUUAUCAUGUUGCAGAGGAUGCUGAUCGACGUGUUCUUUUUCCUGUUCCUCUUUGCUGUGUGGAUGGUAGCCUUCGGCGUGGCCAGGCAGGGCAUCCUGAGGCAGAAUGAGCACCGCUGGAAGUGGAUCUUCCGCUCGGUCAUCUACGAGCCCUACCUGGCCAUGUUCGGCCAGGUGCCCAGCGAUGUGGACGGCACCACGUACGACUUUGCCCACUGCACCUUCACCGGGAAUGAGUCCAAGCCGCUGUGCGUGGAACUGGACGAACACAGCCUGCCCCGCUUCCCCGAGUGGAUCACCAUCCCCCUGGUGUGCAUCUACAUGCUCUCCACCAACAUCCUGCUGGUCAACCUCCUGGUUGCCAUGUUUGGCUACACGGUGGGCACCGUUCAGGAGAACAACGACCAGGUCUGGAAGUUCCAGAGGUACUUCCUGGUGCAGGAGUACUGCAGCCGUCUGAAUAUCCCGUUCCCCUUUGUCGUCUUCGCUUACUUCUACAUGGUGGUGAAGAAGUGUUUCAAGUGUUGCUGCAGGGAGAAGAAGGUGGAAUCGUCUGCCUGCUGUGUCACAAAUGAGGACAACGACACUCUGGCAUGGGAGGGUGUCAUGAAGGAAAAUUACCUCGUCAAGAUCCACACGAAAGCCAAUGACAACUCUGAGGAGUAAGUCAGUCGUUCCUUCUUGCUUUGUGAGGCUCCUCUCUUAUACGUGUACCGGCAGCACGCAGGCUAGUUCUCUAGCUCUGCUAUAACAGAAAUACCACAAGUGGAUGGCUUUAACAAACAGAAAUUUGUUUUCUCACAGUUUAGGAGACUACAAGUCUGAAUUCAGGGUACUGGCUCUAGGGGAAGGCUUUCUGUCUCUGUUGGCUCCGGGGGAAGGUCCUUGUUCUUCGGUUCCUUGGCGAUCUUCAUGUGGUGUGGCAUCUAUCUUCCCCCAUCUCUCUGCUUAUUUUUUUGCUUGCGCUUUAUCUGCUCUUUUAUAUCUCAAAAGAGGUUGAUUUAAGACACGCCCUACACUAAUACUGCCUCAUUAACGUAACAAAGAAAACCCAUUGCCCAAUGGGUUUAUAACCACAGGUACAGGGGUUAGGAUUUACAAGACAUAUUUUAGGGAGACACAAUCCAGCCCAUAACGCUUGGAAAAGAGAAUUUGCAGCAUAUAACAAUAGCA